CACACGCAGAAUAAUUGCGUCAUUUCUGCCCGGGAUUUCUCGCUAGCGGUUUCUUCAGGUGUCUCCCGCCAUCAACUUCUGCUUAACCUCUUGAAGAGAUUUAACUGACGGUCGUGAUCCUCAGCUGAAGCUGCUCAUCAUGGAUGACUGGGAGGAAGAUCAGGGCCCUGUUGUAUCCUGCAGUUCAGGUUUUGGUCUGAGCUCUAGAGGUGCAGAUGGAGGAUUCAAGAGCUUCCAUACAGGAAGUACAGGAAACGGGAAGGCAAACAAUGAAGAUGCUGAUGGCAGCUCAUGGAAGACAACUGCUGGUGAUGGAUUCAGGGGCAGAGGAGGCAGGGGAGGAUCACGAGGAGGAAGAGGAGGCUUCAGAAAUACCUUUAAAUCAGAAACUGAUGAAAAUGGCAACGAUGAGGGUUGGAAAGAUGGUGAAGGCCAAGGAAGAGGUCGCGGUGGUUUCCGAGGUGGUUUUCGUGGUGGUUUCCGUGAUGGUGGUAAUGAAGAGACUGGGAGAAGAGACUUUGGAAGAGAAAAUGACGAAAAUGGCACAGAUGAGGGUUGGAAAGGAGGUGAAGGCCGAGGAAGAGGUCGUGGAGGCUUCCGUGGUGGUUUCCGUGAUGGUGGUGGCGAUGAAGAGACAGGAAAAAGAGGCUUUGGAAGAGGAGGUUUCAGAGGCCGGAAUGAGGAAGUGUUUCCCAAGGCCUCAACAGCAGAAAAGCCAGAUCAAGAAGCAGGUGAAAAUGCAGGACCCAAGGUUGUCUAUGUGCCGCCUCCCCCUCCAGAAGAGGAGAGUUCCAUAUUUUCCCAUUAUGCCACAGGCAUUAAUUUUGACAAAUAUGAUGACAUCCUUGUGGAUGUGAGUGGCAGCAAUCCUCCAAAGGCCAUUAUGACUUUUGAUGAAGCAGGACUUUGUGAAUCACUGAGAAAGAAUGUAACGAAGUCUGGAUAUGUGAAGCCUACUCCUGUCCAGAAACAUGGAAUCCCCAUUAUUUCUGCUGGACGAGAUCUGAUGGCUUGUGCCCAGACCGGAUCAGGAAAAACGGCGGCCUUCCUGCUGCCCAUCCUACAGCGGCUGAUGGCUGAUGGAGUGGCAGCCAGCAAGUUCAGCGAGGUGCAGGAGCCCGAGGUCAUAAUCGUGGCCCCCACCAGAGAGCUCAUCAAUCAGAUCUAUCUGGAGGCCAGGAAGUUUGCAUAUGGGACCUGUGUGCGUCCUGUGGUGGUUUAUGGAGGUAUAAAUACUGGAUACACUAUUCGAGAGGUGUUAAAGGGCUGCAAUAUUUUGUGUGGGACCCCAGGACGAUUGCUUGAUAUCAUUGGUCGUGGAAAGGUUGGCCUGAGUAAGCUGCGGUAUUUGGUUCUGGAUGAAGCAGACAGAAUGCUGGACAUGGGCUUCGAGCCAGAUAUGCGUAAGCUGGUGGGAUCUCCAGGCAUGCCUUCAAAAGAGGAUCGACAAACCCUCAUGUUCAGUGCCACCUACCCUGAAGAUAUUCAAAGGAUGGCUGCAGAUUUUUUGAAAGUGGACUACAUUUUCCUUGCUGUUGGUGUGGUUGGUGGAGCAUGCAGUGAUGUGGAGCAAACUAUCGUUCAGGUGGACCAGUACUCCAAGAGAGACCAGCUGCUUGAACUGCUCAGAUCUACAGGGAAUGAACGCACGAUGGUCUUUGUUGAAACCAAAAGAAGUGCUGAUUUCAUUGCAACAUUUCUCUGUCAGGAGAAGCUCUCUACUACAAGCAUCCAUGGUGAUCGGGAGCAGCGAGAGCGAGAGAAGGCUCUCAGUGAUUUUCGCACAGGCCAGUGUCCGGUGCUGGUGGCCACGUCUGUCGCUGCCAGAGGCCUGGACAUUGAACAGGUCCAGCACGUUGUGAAUUUCGACCUGCCCAGCAGCAUCGAUGAAUACGUCCAUCGCAUCGGAAGAACCGGACGGUGUGGAAACAUCGGUCGGGCCGUGUCCUUUUUUAACCCAGAGUCUGACACUCCAUUAGCUCGCUCUCUGGUCAAAGUUCUGUCUGGGGCCCAACAGGAAGUUCCCAAAUGGCUGGAGGAAAUUGCUUUCAGUGCUCAUGGAACAACAGGCUUCAACCCACGUGGAAAAGUGUUUGCGUCUACAGACACUCGGAAGGGAGGGUCCUUCAAGACGGAUGAGCCGCCUCAAGCAUCCGCCCCAAGCCCAGCAGCGGCUGCAGAUGAUGAGGAAUGGGAGUAACUACUCUUAACACCUUACAUUCUAUUAUGUAGAUUUAUUUUAUUUUUAUAUUUGUGAGUUUAUUCAUUUCUCCAGCAGGCUUGUUAAAAUGUUGAUUGAUUAAGGUAGCAUUACGGUAAAGCUGUUGCAUUUAAAAAAAAAAAA